CUCCCCCUCCGUGCUGAUCGCAGUCUUGAGGACUUGCUAGUGAAUCGGGAGAAAUAAACAGACACUGAGCAGAGGGGCAAAAGGAUACAGGGAGAGAUAGCGUGCGAGAAUUUAAGACAUCUCCUCCCCCCCUACCCCUCACUAUCUCUCCAUCUUCAUCCCUCGUCUUUUCUUUAAUGGAAAGAAAUUAUCCUGGUACAGGGUUCGGUGAUUUGGGCGCUGGUACGGGAUGGAGUUACGAGAGAUCGGCCAAGGCAAGCCUGAUGUAUGGGAGUUCUAGGUCCUCCCAUCCGGACUCAGAGCUGCUCCAUCGCCAGGCUUAUGGCACACCCCACCCUCUGCAGGGCUACGCAACCAAUCACCAUCCUGGCAGCUCUGGACAGGGCGGGGCAUGGGGGGCUGGGCGGAGUCUAGGUUUAUCUGGGCUGUUUGAUACUGGGCUACACCAUGCCAGUCCCUCUGGUCCAGACCCAUCUGUCAUGAACUUGAUUUCAGCACUAGAGUCCCAGGGUCGGCAGCCACCCCCUUCAGCCUCCUCUCUCCUCUCCCAGUUCCGAACACCCUCCUGGCAGACUGCGAUGCACACUCAGCCAGAGCUCUUCAUCGGGUCUGGCUCCUUCCCCUCCUCCUCCCUCUCGGCCUACCAGCACCCAGCCUCCUUUUCUGGGCGGUCCUUCCCUGGCUCCUCGCUCUCCCUCCAGGACUCCCCCACCUUCAGCCCCACGUCCAACGGCCUCCUGUCCCCCCACGACCCCCUGCUGCACAUCAAGACACCCUCCCAGUCCAGCCUGGGCUUCGACCGCCUACUCUCCUCGCAGGGCGCCGCCUACCGAGGGUCGCAGGACCCCACAGGCCCCCCGCAAACCUCCUCCUCGUCAGGCCGCCACCUACCCCCUCCCCAGUUUAACCUGCUGUCCUCCCAGCUCCAGGACCAGUCCUCCCAGUUGUACAAUGCCUCUGUGUUCUCAUCGGCACCAGCCCCCCCGCCACCCCAGGAAAGGGCCAUCCCACGGCAGGACAGCGUGAUCAAGCACUACCAGCGCUCCUCUCCGGCUCAGUCGCAGCUCUCCUCCUCAGCCCCCCAUCCCCUGCAGCACUACCUCAGCUGUGGGGCAUCGGGGUACCAGCAGAUUUCCCACCACCGGCAUGGAGGGGUGUCCUGCAGUCCGCUGGGGGAGCAGAGCCCUUCAGCAGACCCCAAACCCUCCCCCCGUUCAGACCAAGUGUACCGCCCCAUCAUCCAGACCCCGUACACCUCCUCAGCCGCCUCCUCGUCAGGGUCAGGUGGAGGUCUAGGGAAAGGGGCUAAGAACUCCAGCUCCAGUAGUGGCUACUCCUCCUCGGGCUCCUCGUCGUCCCGAACUCCCCACACCCCACCCUCAGCCUCCUCCACCUCCUCGUCCUCUUCAAACUCCAACGCUAACCCUUCCUCCAGCUCUUCGUCUGCCCCCUCCAGACAGCAGCUCCCAACUCAGUCGGCGCCCCCUCCCCCUCCAGUCUCAUCCGCCCCAGCCCAGCAGCCUCCUCCUAAACCCUGCCUGUCAGCAUAUGGCUCCCCUGUGGCCCCCGUCAAGCCCACCGCAGGCCUCCCUGGACAGACACCUCCCCAGCAGCAGUCAUACUCACCCAGCCAGCCCCCUCCCUCACACCUCCCCUCCCACCAGCCCUAUGGGGGCUUCAUCCCCCAGGCCCAGGACCUGACCUCUGGCCCUGGGAGUUCUGGGAAAGGGUAUGGAGGACUAGGGCCAGGAGGCCGCUCCUUCUCUGCCGAGGUGGUCUACGGGACGGACUCAGGAUACGGCUCGCUGCCUACCUCCCUUGGGGGAGCAGGCAGUCCCUCGUUGGGAUACGGUGGCCCAAGGCACUCCCCUGUCCCCCUGGGGUCUGGAGGGGGUGGAGGGUCAGCCGGCAGCGGGGCAGGGUCCGGGGCUGGUGGAGGUGGAUCAGGAGUUGGGGGUGCAGGAUCAGGAUCAGGUGGUAGCAGCUCAUACCACCUCCCUGACUCCAGCCCUUCUCCCUCCAGCAUCAUUCGACCUGGGCUGCACUCUCCUGCUCCCGCCUGUCCUGCCCAGUCCCCCGGGAGAAACAAAUACCUCUCCUCCGUCCUCUCCCCUGCCUUCCUGUCCUCUCCGCAGGGCUACCCCGACACCCGAGGCCCCCAGCCUCAGUCCUACCACCCCACGCCCCCCAAGCCCAAGCCAGACACUGACAUGCUGGGAGUAGAGCGCUCCCAAGACGAGGAAGAUGACGAGGACUUCCUGAUCCAGCACUUGCUGCAUGCCCAGAGCCCUGCGUCCCACCCGUCCCAGCACCACCUCCAGCAGCAGCCACCCCAGUCCAUCACUCAGGCCAGGGAUGGGGGCAAAGGUCUGGCCUACGACCUGAACAAGGCCUCUGAGGAGCGCUACCACCUCCAGAGCGUCAUCCGUACCAACAGCGCCACCAACAGCAUGGUUCCCGGUACUGCAGGUAACGCCAGCGGAGGUGGCCUGGAGAGCCAGCUGGAGAUGUCUCUGAAGAAACAGCAGCAGCAGCAGGUCAAGAACGAACAUCACGUUCCCUAUCCGCAGCAACACGACUCCCUCGGCUCAGUUGUGCAAUACGGCAGGGGCGACCCAUACUCCCAACACCCUCACUCCCAGCACCCCCACCAUCCCUCGCAAGUCCCCUCACAUCCUCAACACACCCAGCACUCUCAACAUGCCCACCCCCACUCCCACAUCCACCCUCACAUGGAGCUCAAAAAGCCUCCCGACCAGUCCAAGCUGCCAUACCUGCGGAAGACACCCGAACUGCAGCAGCAGCCCCGACAGCCCCAAUCCUCCCUUUCCCUCAUGGACUCCCCCCCAAACCAGCCCCAGCAGCCUCCCUCUGCCCACAUGCUCCAGUCUGUUCUGUCCCACACUACCCACCUGGGCAUAACCACACCCUCCCACCUGCACCACCUCAACCCACACCACCCCCACGUCCAUCACCAACAGCAGACCCACCCGCACCACCCCCUCCCGCACACCCAUGCCCACCACCACUCCCACCACCUGGAGACCAACGCAGGGCCCCAGCAGCAGCCUCCGCCCCACCAGAGGGACCAGGAGCCCCAGCUCUGCCAAUCCCAGUUGGACCAGCUCAAAGAGCACCAGUUUGACACUGUGAGCCCCGUGGGGAAAGCGGGCCAGAACCAAGGUCAGCAGCAGCAGCACAGGUUUGUGCCUCUGACCUCCAUCUGUUUCCCAGACUCCCUCUUACAGGAUGAGGAUCGCUCCUUCUUCCCCGGCAUGGAGGAUAUGUUCUGCUCUGACGACUACUCCAAGUCGAGCUGCGCCGGGGGUCCUGGGGCAGGCCAAGGGGUCCAGGAAGGUAUGUCUGAGGCACGUGGACAGGGACCAGACAGCAUGGAGGACGUCAAGACCAGUGAUGGAGGAGGUGUGUAUGAUGUGAUGGGUCACCAUGGCGACCAUGGUUACGGGUACUGCCACGGCCUCACGGAAACAGAAAACAGCACCAUGCAUCUGGACCUGGACUCCCUGAAAACCCAUGAGCUCCCCUCCACUGUGAACACAGAGCAGCUCGGCCUCAUCCAGUCCCAGACUGGCUUGGGGGGUCCAGAGGGAGUUCCUGGGGACAGCUCCGCCAACAAGAUGAUUACGGGCGUGGGUGGAGGUUCUGGUCUGGCCGGGCUGACGUCGCCUAUCUUCUGCUCCUCCCGACCCAAGAAGCUGCUGAAGACCAGCUCCUUCCACCUGCUGAAGCAGCGCCGCGACCCGCAGCCGCAGGCCAAGAAGAACUACGCCCAGGAGUACGAGUUCGAGGGCGACGAGGACAAGGCUGAUGUUCCCGCUGACAUCCGCCUGAACAGCCGGCGGCUCCCUGACCUCCUCCCCGACCUGGUGUCCAGCUGCAGGAAGGCUGGAGGAGGAGGGGCCUCGGGGAUGGGCUCCCUCAGCCCUCUGAUGGGUGACCUGGACUUCUGCCACCCGUCCGGCUACCCCUCCCUUGGCCCCCCUCCCCAUCUCCUACCCCACGACGGGCCCAAGAAGAGAGGCAGGAAACCAACCAAACCCAAACGUGAAGGGCCACCUCGGCCCAGAGGGCGCCCUCGCAUCCGCCCGCUCCCGGAGCCGCCAUACUGUAGGGGGCUGAUGGGAAAUGUAGGCGGGGAGACCCGCAGGGGUCGUGGGCGGGGUAGGGGGCGUGGCAGGAAGGAGGAAGGGAUGAUAGAGAUGCACCGAGACAUGAACAAAGUUCCCGACCUCCAAUAUCAGCAACAACAACAGCAGUUCCACCAACAACAGCACUUUCAACAACAGCAGCACCAACACCAUCACCUCCAACCGCAGCAAAACCUACAACCUCAACAUCAACAGCAGCAACAGCAGCAGCACCUACAACACCUUCAUCAACAACAACAAGCACAGCAUCCACAGCACCAUAAAACUUUCAAGCCUAUCAAGAUCAAGCUGCCUAUUCCCUCUGUGUCUCCCUCUGACUCCUUGCUAAGGACAGACUCCCUGUCCAGCACCGACCCGGUUCUCUCAGACGGGUCAGUGGGCUCGGCUCCCUCCCUGGGCCUGAGUCCUGGACCCACUGCUGGGAUGGACAUGAACAUGACUAGGAGCCAGGAGAAGAUGAAGCAGAAAGCUCAAGCCCAGGAGAUGACGUGGGAGAGGGACAUGGAUGAGCAGCUGACCCCAGAGGCUUGGGCUGCCAUGCAGAAGCUCUCCAACACGACAGAGGACAAGCCCCCGGAGCUGAAGUCUAAUUUCAUGGCCUCCUUCCUGGACUUCCUUAAAACGGGGAAGAAGCAGCCUGAAUCUGGACCUGGUGGACCACAAGACCUAGGAGGGCCAGUGGAAGGAGCUGAAACCACAGACUCUUCCUCCCUGAAGGGCAGGAUCCUGUCCCCGUCUCCCCCACCGCCCCCUCCUCCACCCCCUCCGUUUGGGGACAGUAGCGAGGGCGAGGAUGGGCUGAGUCCCUGUAAGCGUCUGGACGACGAGCUGAAGAGGAACCUGGAGACACUGCCAUCCUUCUCAUCCGAUGAGGAGGAGGACUCUGUCAGUAAGAACCAGGACCUGCAGAAGAGCAUCUCCUCGGCCAUAUCUGCCCUUUACGACACGCCCCAUUCACUGGCUGCAGCUGUGGCUCUGCCCCCACCCAGCCCAUCUCCGCCCCAGAGCCCAUCGCUGCCACCAACGCCGCCGCCCGUGGUCCAAAUGCAGGAGGACGUAGCCGAUCUGGAGGAGCAGGACAAUGAAGUAGAGACAAACAUGCAACUUCACAACACACAGGCCAACACACAGCCAAAUACACCAUCCCCAGAACAGGAAGGACUGAGUGAGAUGGACAGAGUGGAUGAACGACAAGAGGAGAUGGAGAAAGAGGAGGAAGAGAAGGAGAUGGAGAAGAAAAGGGUAAAGGAAGAACUGAAUUCAGAGUCUAGGGGUGUGGAGGAAGAAGUAGAGGAGAGAGAAGAGGAGAAGAGAGAGUCUGAGUUUGAGAUGCUGGAUGCUCCUAAAGUGGAUGAUUCUCCAUCCGGGCCUCCCCCACCCCCCUUUCUCCCAUCCCUCUCCCCGUCCACUCUCACUUCUUCCUCCCCCUCCCCCUACCUCCCCCACCACUCUCCCCACCCUCCCCUCUGCCCUUCCAGCAUGAGGAUUAUGAAGAGGAGCAGCAGCAGCAGCCGUCCCCCAACAAACCCACCACCCCCACCACAACCCCUCCACCUCUCCUCCCCCCAGCUCCUCGCCCCUGGCCCUGCCCUCUCCACCCUCCCCUUCCCCUGCAAUGCCCCCUCCACUACCCCCUCCCUCCUCCUCCCCUCCCCUUUCGGAUGCUACAGAGCUGGCCCAGCCUUCCUCCUCCCCUCCUCUUCCCCACCCUCACCCCCCACCCCUGAGGAUGCUCCAGCCUCCAAGAUCACCUCUCUGCACCUGGCCAAAAAGCAGGACAAUGCGGCCAUUGCUGGAGAGAGCGAGGAGGAGGACAGCGAGAGUGGCGGCGAGGGCAUCUUCCGGGAGAGGGACGAGUUUGUGGUGCGGACUGAGGACAUUGGCACGCUCAAGAUGGCCCUGCAGACCGGCCGUGAGCCACCACCCAUCUGGAGAGUGCAGAAAGCCCUGCUGCAGAAGUUCAGCCCUGAGAUCAAAGACGGACAGAGGCAGUUCUGUGCCACCAGUAACUAUCUGGGCUACUUUGGCGAUGCCAAGAUGCGGUACCAACGCCUCUAUGUCAAGUUCCUGGAGAAUUUCAAUAAAAAGGAUUAUGUCCGUGUGUGCUCACGUAAACCCUGGCACAGACCUAGACUCAUGUUGAGGCGUCAAUCACUCCCAUCGCUCCCCAAGCCACCUCCCCCUGCCAUCGGUCAAACUCCACCCCGAUUGGAGGAGCAAAGGGAGAAAGCAAGAGCGCAGAAAGAGAAGGAGCAAAACGACAAAGCAAGAGAGCAGAAAGAGAAGGAGAGGGAGCAGAAGGAGCGAGAGAGGAGGGAAAAAGAAAAGGAGCGAGAGAGGAGGGAAAAAGAUAAACAGCGAGAGAAGGAGGAGAGAGAAGAAAAAGAGAAGAGGCAUUCACCACCUGAGGAGAAGGUGGAGAGAAGAAGCAGUGAAGUGGACCGAAAGAGAGUGGGGGAGGAGAAGAGAGGAGGAGGAGAGAAGAAGACAGAGCGCCCAUCGAGGGCCAGGCUAGUGAAGGUGGAGCCUCCACCCAAGAAGAGGAAGAAGUGGCUGAAGGAAGUCCCCUCUGACUCAGACUCCUCCCUCGAUGGGCCCAGCGAAGACCAAGCCCCAGUGAGAGGGGGGAUGAACAGUCGAGCCAUGAGGGAGAUGUUCAGGAGUUACAUAGAGAUGCUGGUCAGUACAGCACUUGACCCCGACAUGAUUCAAGCCCUGGAGGACACAGACGACGAGUUGUACCUCCCGCCCAUGAGGAAGAUUGACAGCCUACUCAAUGAACAAAAGAGGAGACUAUUAAGGAGAAUCAACAUGAGUGGCCAACACCAGGAGACUCUGCAUAUGUUCCCCAAAAUGACGGCGGACCCCCUGGACUCUGGAGCGGUCAAAGUGCACCUCGGCGGCGAGUGCUACAGCCGUAAAACCCUCAACCGCGUCAAGAAGAGCACCACGCCCAAACAGCAGGACCUCAAGCUGUCCACAGAGAUGUGUCGUGUCUAUAGCCUUUAUCAUUCUCUCCAUCACUACAAGUAUCACACCUUUCUGGACUGCAAGAAGGAGACGGACAGUAUAGAGCAGGCAGCAGAAGACCCUGGUCAGGAGGAGGUGGUGCAGCAGUGUAUGGCUAACCAGGGCUGGCUGGAGACCCUCUUCAACUCCUUCAUCGACCUUCUAACCCUCAGCACCAAAGCCUGAUGAUGGAGGAGGGGACACCGUCUGAAAUAGUGCACUACAAUUGGCCAGGGCAAUAGGGCCUAUAUGGAGUGCCAUUUGGAAAGCAGAAUGUGGGUUGGAGAAGGGAGGGGAGGGGUGGUAUACUGUAUUUGGGAGACAAAGCAAGAGAGUUGGAGUGGAGACCACUGGACCGUACCAAGAUGGAGAGAGAGGGGGGGGUUUCAGACCCUACCAUUCUAGUUUGUUUCCCAGCGAGAAAGAAUGAACAGUCAAUGUUCGGUCUGUGAGUACGGUUGAGUUUUAACUUAAAAUGGAUGCUACAAUGAACUGUUUUUAGCGCUUUUGUUUAGUUUUUCUAUCACAAAAUAUCUCUUGACUGAAGAAAAAAGAAGGACGGAGGAGAGCAGAGGAGGCGGGUUGAAAAUUGUGAAUGUGUGAAAGGGUAUGACUUCUGCCACUUGACCUGAACAUGAAAAGCAGGGGACCACGGUGAAUCUACAUCCAAACAUGCACGGGCACACACACCAACAUACAAACACUAUAUAUAUAUAUAUAUACGUAUAUAUAUAUACAUACAUACGUAUAUAUAUAUAUACGUAUAUGUAUUAAUAGUUAUGAUUUGUAUUAUUUAUACAAGGAAAUUACCCUCCCUAGCUGGGAUUGUUUGCUGUUGUUAUUUUAAAUAAUCAUGUUUUAUUAGGGUAACAUGAAAUGGCCUACGCAAAAUUAUUUGCUCAGUCCCCCCUUUUACUGCUGAAUGGGGAAAAAGAGUGGAGGGGAGCAAAACUGAGGUGAAGGGAAGGAAGGGGAGAGGUUAAGGGAGUGUGUGAUGUUCCAUUUUUUCUGUCUGCCUAAAUAAAUUGUGAGGGGGAAAGAUGCAUUUAAAAACUAAGCAAACUGUGUUCUUUAUGUUUGUUCUUCAAAAGACGAUGAGAGCAGAGUUUACACCUGAAGUUAAUAAAUUAAAAUAAAUAUCUGUUCGCUUUCUAAAAGAAAGCUCUGUGGUUUUAGGGAGGUGUAACUUAAAAAGCAUAUAAAAUCUGUGUUGACUGUUUUUAUUUGAUCUGUUUGUUGUUUAUGAUAAUUAUUAUUUUGGAGGUUUACCUAUUUGUUCAAGCUCUCUUAUCUGUAAAUAUUGUACAGUUACUUCAGUCUCUAAAGCCCAGUUCCUCUUCUGUACAUGCUAUUCCUGUAUUUGACAAAAGCAAAUAAAAAAUUGAAAUUGAUGAACAUGACAGGGAAAAACAA